AUGCCGCCCUUUCUCCCACGCAAACGCCUCCGAUCGUCAUCACCGGAGGCUGGUCCAUCAAAGCCGGCCUCGAAACGCCCCUCAAAAGGCAAAGCCGCUGCUUCGACACCAAGAAAAUCGACACUUUUCGACGACCUCGAUGCUGGAGCGGGGAAGAAGCGCACCGUUAAAGACCAGAAAGAGAUCUUGAAACAAUUCGCUACUGCCGAUGACGAAAGCUCUCUAUCCUCCCUUUCCGAGGACGAAUUCGAAGAUAUUCCGGGCGCAAAACGGCAGAAGCUAGACGAUCAGGAAUCGGAUGAAGAAGAUGAAGAUAUUGAGUUUGAAGAUGUCGAGACAUACGCCCUCCCACGCACGGAAGGUCCCGUACCUUCCGGAGACCUCGAAUUGACCUUGACGAAGGAUACACGCAUAUCCCUUACCAAUCCCUUGGGCACGAAGAAGGGACCGUCGAAGAUUGAGAGACAGAUUCGACUUUAUACACAUCAGAUGCAUGUACAAUUACUUAUGUAUCACAAUGCAAUUCGUAAUGCCUGGAUAUGCAAUAAGGAGCUGCAGGAGAUAUUGUUAGGCCAUCUAACGCCGCAUGCCAAAGAGAAAAUCGAGAAAUGGCGACGCAACAGUCAUUUAAACUCGAAAGAUGACAAAAAGCCGGAGUCAAAGACCAAGGGGAAGGGAAAGGGAAGGCAAAAGGGUAGAAAUGCUAAAGCCAAAAAAGAUGAACCUCGUAAUCAGCGCGACUGGGGAGAGCCCGCUGAAGUCUUUGAGGAUGAACAGGUCAACAUGAGCCGUGGAGAUCCUCUCUACAUACUGAUGCAAUCAUUGGUGCAUUUUUGGAAACAGAGAUUUCGGAUUACUGCGCCCGGGCUACGAAAAUUAGGAUACAUGUCACUCCAAAGGCUUGACGAGGAGACGAAGAGUCUCGAACGCGAUGCGCAUGACCCGGAGCGACAUGGUGAGCUUAUCCGGGAUAUCGAAGAUUUCAAAAAAUGUGCUGCCAAUAUGGAGGGAAGUCGGGACGUUGGAGCUCAAUUGUUCACAGCCCUACUGAGGGGUAUCGGAAUUGAAUCGAGACUGGUUACAAAUCUACAGCCUGCGGGUUUUGGCUGGAGUCAAUUUGAGGAGGCUUCGGAAAAUAAUCCCCGUUGUUUGAGGAAAGCAAAAACCCCUCCCAGAGUCGAUCCUAUGGCCGACAGCGAUGGCUCCUCAAGCGAACAGGAGGUGCAGUCAACUGCCAAGAGAAAAGGGAAACAACCUGCUUCUUCUAAGUCCAAGAAAACUCACAACCCAGCUUUAAAGCCGGCUCGUCAAAGUCUUCGUGGUAAUAAAAGUAGCCCCAUCGCUCUUUCUGAUUCCGAAAGUCCAAAAAGCGACGAGGAAUCUGUAGUUGAUGUGACGCCAGCAAAAAGCAAAGCAAAGCCUUCUCUAGCAUAUGAUAGAGAUCUUGUCGUGCCAAAUUACUGGACAGAAAUACUAUCUCCUAUCACUCAUAUCUACACCGCUGUAGACGCUAUUGUGUUACCUCUUCAUGCCACCAAGAAUGAGGAGUUCGCUAAGUUUUUGUCGCCCCCAAAAUCUGACAAGGUCAGGCAAGUUACCUCUUAUAUCAUCGGGCAUUCCUCGGAUGGUACAGCCAAAGACGUCACUACUCGAUAUUUGAAGGGGAAGAUGUGGCCUGGCAGGACCAAAGGGUUCCGGUUACCACCUGAAAAGGUACCUAUUCACGACCGCAAUGGAAAGGUCAGACGUUAUGAGAUACACUCCUGGUUUCAGGAUCUCAUGUCCUUGUAUUCUCGAGGCACAAAGAAAUGUCCUCGUACCGAAAUUGAUGAGGAGGAGGAAUCUACAGAUCUCAAACCAGUAAAGCGAGAGAAGAAGGUUGUCGAAGAAGGUAAAGAGACGCUCCAGUCGUACAAAACAUCCACAGAAUUUGUCCUUGAGAGGCAUUUGAAACGAGAAGAAGCGAUUAAGCCUGGAUCCAAACAUGUAAAAAUGUUCACUGUUAAAGGCAAAGGAGAGGAAGCAAGCACUCAGGAGAAGGUGUUUCGACGAAAGGAUGUUGUUAAUUGUAAGAGUAUGGAGACCUGGCAUAAAGAGGGAAGAGCUCCCCGUGAAGGCGAAGAGCCUCUGAAACGCGUACCUUAUCGUGCAGCAACCACAAAUCGAAGACGAGAAUUGGCAGAGGCUGAAAUUGCCACCGGUGGAAAGGUCUUGCAAGGACUUUUCAGCAGAGAACAGACGGAUUGGAUUAUCCCGCCUCCAAUCGAAGACGGAAUUAUCCCCAAGAAUUCUUUUGGGAAUAUCGAUUUGUACGUCGAAAGUAUGCUUCCCAAAGGGGCUAUUCAUAUACCUUGGAGAGGGACUGUCAAAAUAUGUAAGCGUCUUGGAAUCGACUAUGCCGAAGCCGUCACGGGCUUUGAAUUUGGCCAUCGAAUGGCUGUUCCGGUAAUUGAAGGUGUUGUAGUUGCAGAAGAGCAUCAUUCAAGUAUAAUGGCAGAGUGGGAGAAGGACGAAGCUGAAAGAAAUAGAAAAGAAGACGAGAAGCGACAAAAAGCUGCCAUCAACAUGUGGAGAAGAAUGCUGAUGGGAUUGAGGAUCAUCGAAAGAGUUAGAGAGGCCUAUGGUGCUGAGGGUGGAUUCGAGGUUGAUGCCUUGAACCCUUUCAAUAACAAAAAUGCUCCAAGGCAGGAGGAUAAAGCUUCGGAAAAACGUCAACGUAAUAUGGAGCAGCAAGAGGAGGAUGCUGCAGGAGGGUUUUUCCCGGAGGGUCACGAUGAGGAGGAAGCUCAAACCGGUCGACGGUCAGGCUUCUUUCCUGUCGCUCAAACAGAAGAUCGAGAACCAGAUGACGACGGUGGCGGUGGAUUUUUUCCUGUCGCCGACCCAGAUGGAGAUGGCAACGAUGGAGGCUUCAUUCUUGAAGACGAUAAACCUGAAACUUCAAAAUCUGUCUCUCAACAAGCAUAUCCUACGCCUCAAUCUUUUGAAUUCUCUACUAAAGUAGGAACGUCAAAGAUGCCAAGUGAGGGUUCGGAUGAAGAUCAGGAAUUACAAGAUGUCAAACCCAAGGCGCAACGAAAAGGGCGCGGUAGGCCGCCUGGCGCAAAGAAUAAGAAAAUGAAUACGAAGUCUCUACCAGCUAAGAAAGAAACUCAGGCCAAACCUUCUAGUGCCCACCGCACACCACGACCCGCCGCUAAAAGAAAAUUUCAAGUCAACGAUACUGAUGAGGAGGCUUCAUCAUUGUCUUCUCCACCUUCGGAUAUUGGUAACGAUGAAGAGGAUGAAGAGCCACCAAAGAAGAUUGCGAAGAGGGCCGCACGGCAGACAGCAGUGCCGAAGCGUAAGGUUCAAAUCCAAGACACAGAUGACGAACCAGAUUUCGCCUCUGAUAUGGACGAAGACGAUGACCAAGAAGAAGAACAGCCACUGCGUACACCCAAGAAAGCUCCCGCGAAGAGAGCUCAGAAAGCACGUGCAGCUUCAGCUAGCAAAGCCACUCCUACCAAGACACCGAGACGGACUUCACGUAGAAGUGCUACUGCAUUACGUUCGCAUUAUUUUCAGCAUAGUGACGAGGAUAACGAUGAAGAUUGA